AUGCGCAGCUCCUUCGCGGACGAUGACCUUGUAUUGUGCGUUCUAACGUAUCUUCCUGACUUUCAGUGCCUUGCAUCAACCAUCCUGACCUCAAAGUCCGUUUACAACAUCUUUCAGCAGCAUCCUCGCUCGAUCAUCCGCUCUGUGGCUUAUAACUUAGUUGGGCCAGCGUUACCACAAGCAUUGCGUUUCGUCCGGUGCCGUAAUGCGCAACAAUAUUCCAAGCCUGUCGGUGAACUCUUGGGCGAGGAUAAUAUUCAGAGAAACCCAGUGCUUUCCAGCGAAGAAAUCACAGGCCUCGUGGCCAUUUCAAGCUCUAUUCAAGAGCUCGAAUGCGUGUUCAGUCGGAGAAUGAAAGAUCGAAGAUAUGCGACAAGUCAACUCUCUUCGGCGGAGUCGACGCGAUUCCAGAGAGCGAUGUACAGAUUGUGCUUGUUCUCAAUCGUCUACGGUCUCACUGCCUACAAGUCAGCACCCGAAGCUAACUCAAACAUAAUUUUGGCAGUGCGAGAGGCCAGAAAACUACGAAAGGGUUUCUUUGGUAAUUUUCCCACCCCGGAACUGAGAGAAAUUCAAAGGGUCGGGGAGUUUUUGCGAGGAAUACUGGCUCGGACCAAUGCUCGGCCCCCUCUUGAUGAUCCUGAACCCAGCCAUAUCAGUACUCUGACAUCAAGUAUGAUAUACCACGCCCCCGACACCGCGCUCAAGGUGUAUGAGGGGGUGUACGAUUGGAUCCAUGAUCUCUAUAAUAUCGCCAUACCCUUUUUUGAAGACUUCAUUACUGAGCCUCUAGUCUCUGUCCUGCUCGAUAGGAACGAACCACGACUCCUUCCCGUUGGUCACAAGCAUCUUAUACUCGAUGAGGUCAUUGGAGAGCAUGACCGAUGCUCGCAAUGUCAAUCUGAUAGUGUCCAGGGGCUGGAUUUAUGGGGACCAAAUAACUGGAGAUACCAUUGGAGUAUGCGUGGCACGCGUGUCCUUCUAAUCGUCAACUCACUGAAAGGCAACCUAAGCAGAAACCAUGCAUACGAAGGGCAUUUCUCUAGUGUAGUGGAGAGGGCACCCACUGAGCAGCUGAUUGCAGGGCUGUUCGAAUGCAAAAUACCGGCAUAUGACACCUGGAACAAAGAAGACUGGUUAUGCCGACAAUGUUUAGAGACGUUCAUACACGACCAUCUCCAUGUUUGGUACUUGAACCAGAAGGUUAAGGGAGGACACCUGAUCCCGGACAAUUGCUUCUACGGAUAUAACUGCACUACGCAAGCCGAAAAAUAUGUACACGCUAAGGAACUGAAUCACUUGUGUGAACCUACCAAGGGAUACGAUAACCUUUGAGCCACAUAUGUUUCAAUUUAUCUUGCGCCACGUACCAUGUAGACAAUAUUGAUUGUGAUAUGUAACACAGAGGCAUCAAUCAACGCG